AUGAACCGUGAAGACCGGAAUGUGCUGCGUAUGAAAGAACGGGAAAGGCGGAAUCAGGAAAUUCAGCAGGGUGAAGACGCCUUCCCACCUAGCUCUCCUCUCUUUGCUGAGCCAUACAAAGUUACUAGUAAAGAAGAUAAGCUAUCAAGUCGUAUUCAGAGUAUGCUUGGAAACUACGAUGAAAUGAAGGAUUUCAUAGGAGACAGAUCUAUACCAAAGCUUGUUGCACUUCCCAAGCCUGCAGUAUCAACGACAGCAGAUGAAAAAUCUAACCCAAAUUUCUUUGAACAGAGACAUGGAAGCUCUCAUCAGAGUAGCAAAUGGACUCCUGUAGGACCUGCACCCAGCACUUCUCAGUCUCAGAAACGGUCCUCAGGCUUACAGAGUGGACACAGUAACCAGCGGACCAGUGCAGGUGGCAGUGGUGGCACUAAUAGUAGUAGCCAGAGGCAUGACCGUGAUUCAUAUAGCAGUAGUGGGAGCAGUAGCCGGAAAAAAGGCCAGCAUGGAUCUGAACACUCCAAAUCACGCUCUUCCAGCCCUGGAAAACCCCAGGCUGUUUCUUCAUUAAGCUCCAGUCAUUCCAGGUCUCACGGGAAUGAUCACCAUAACAAGGAACAUCAGCGUUCCAAAUCACCUCGGGACCCUGAUGCAAAUUGGGAUUCUCCUUCCCGUGUAUCUUUUUCAAGUGGGCAGCACUCAAAUCAGUCUUUCCCACCUUCAUUGAUGUCCAAGUCCAGUUCAAUGUUACAGAAACCCACUGCCUAUGUACGACCUAUGGACGGACAGGAGUCCAUGGAACCAAAGCUGUCCUCUGAGCACUACAGCAGUCAAUCCCAUGGCAACAGCAUGGCUGAAUUGAAAUCUAGCAGCAAAGCACAUCUCACCAAGCUGAAAAUACCUUCCCAACCACUGGAUGCAUCUGCUUCUGGUGAUGUGAGCUGUGUGGAUGAAAUUCUUAAAGAGAUGACGCAUUCAUGGCCUCCCCCUCUAACGGCUAUUCAUACACCAUGCAAAACAGAACCUUCCAAAUUUCCUUUUCCAACUAAGGAGACUCAGCAGUCCAACUUUGGCCCUGGAGAACAAAAAAGAUAUAAUCCUUCUUCUAAAACCUCAAAUGGGCAUCAGUCUAAAUCUAUGUUAAAAGAUGACUUAAAGCUAAGCAGCAGUGAAGACAGUGAUGGGGAACAGGAUUGUGACAAGACAAUGCCAAGAAGUACACCAGGAAGUAACUCUGAACCUUCACACCAUAAUAGUGAAGGAGCAGAUAACUCCAGGGAUGAUUCUAGCAGCCACAGUGGAUCUGAAAGCAGCUCUGGAUCUGACUCAGAGAGUGAAAGUAGUUCCAGUGACAGUGAGGCAAAUGAGCCAUCUCAGAGUGCAUCUCCUGAGCCUGAACCACCACCAACAAACAAAUGGCAACUUGAUAAUUGGUUGAAUAAAGUGAACCCACAUAAAGUGUCACCAGCUUCUUCUGUGGACAGUAACAUCCCAUCAUCUCAAGGCUAUAAAAAGGAAGGCCGAGAACAGGGGACUGGGAAUAGCUACACUGACCCAAGUGGACCUAAAGAAACAAGUUCCGCUACUCCUGGAAGAGAUUCCAAAACUGCUCAAAAGGGAUCAGAAAGUGGGCGUGGGAGGCAGAAGUCUCCCGCACAGAGUGACAGUACAACACAGAGGAGAACUGUAGGCAAAAAACAACCCAAAAAGACCGAGAAGACAGCUGCUGAAGAACCUCGAGGAGGUUUGAAGAUAGAAAGCGAAACCCCCGUGGACAUGGCUACUAGCAUGCCCUCCAGCAGACACAAAGCAGCCACCAAAGGCUCCAGGAAACCCAAUAUAAAAAAGGAGUCCAAAUCUUCCCCUCGCCCUUCAGCAGAGAAAAAGAAAUACAAGUCAACUAGUAAAUCUUCCCAGAAAUCAAGGGAAAUCAUAGAAACAGAUACCUCAUCCUCAGAUUCGGAUGAAAGCGAGAGCCUUCCUCCUUCCUCACAAACUCCUAAGUACCCUGAGAGUAAUAGGACUCCCGUUAAACCCUCCUCAGUGGAGGAAGAAGAUAGCUUUUUCCGGCAACGAAUGUUCUCUCCUAUGGAAGAGAAGGAACUUCUUUCACCCCUUAGUGAGCCUGAUGAUAGGUAUCCACUCAUUGUGAAGAUUGACCUGAAUCUCUUGACUAGAAUACCAGGAAAGCCUUACAAAGAAACAGAGCCACCGAAGGGGGAAAAGAAAAAUGUGCCGGAGAAGCACACAAGAGAGGCUCAGAAACAAGCCUCAGAAAAAGUUUCCAAUAAAGGCAAGAGGAAGCAUAAGAAUGAAGAUGAUAACCGAGCCAAUGACAGCAAGAAACCCAAAACAGAGGACAAGAAUUUAGCAGGCCACAAGCCACCAAGCAACAGAGAGUCAUCUAAACAGAGUGUGGCAAAAGAAAAAGAUUUGUUGCCUUCUCCUGCUGGGCCUGUUCCUGCAAAAGAUCCAAAAACGGAGCAUGGCUCUCGAAAGAGGACCAUUAGUCAGUCUUCUUCCCUAAAGUCAAGUAAUAACAGCAACAAGGAGAAUAGUGGCAACAGCAAAAACAAUUCCUCCACGUCAAAGCAGAAGAGAACUGAAGGGAAGACUUCCAGUAGCUCUAAGGAGGCCAAGGAAAAGGCUUCAAAUAGCUCCUCUAACUGUCCGACAUCUACACCAACUCCUGAAGCUUCAAAGUCUCGGAGAACAAAGCUUACCUUUGAUGACAGAAGUUAUUCAGCAGACCAUUAUUUACAAGAAGCAAAAAAGUUAAAGCACAAUGCAGAUGCAUUGUCUGACAGGUUUGAGAAAGCUGUGUACUAUCUUGAUGCUGUGGUUUCUUUCAUUGAAUGUGGAAAUGCAUUAGAGAAAAAUGCUCAGGAAUCCAAAUCCCCAUUUCCUAUGUAUUCAGAGACAGUGGAGCUCAUCAAAUACACUAUGAAGCUAAAGAAUUACUUAGCACCAGAUGCUACAGCUGCAGAUAAAAGACUUACAGUACUUUGCCUGAGAUGCCAGUCUCUGCUGUACCUGAGGCUAUUCAAACUGAAGAAGGAAAAUGCUUUGAAAUACUCAAAGACAUUGACAGAGCACCUGAAGAAUUCUUAUAAUAAUUCUCAAGCACCAUCACCCGGCUUGGGAAGCAAAGUUGUCGGGAUGCCUUCCCCUGUUUCUCCAAAGCUGUCGCCAGGCAAUUCAGGAAAUUAUUCUUCUGGGGCCAGUAGUGCUUCAGCAAGUGGUUCUUCAGUGACCAUUCCACACAGGAUCCACCAGAUGGCAGCCAGCUAUGUUCAGGUUACAUCUAAUUUCCUCUAUGCCACAGAAAUUUGGGACCAAGCUGAGCAGCUUUCCAAAGAACAAAAAGAAUUCUUUGCUGAACUGGAUAAAGUAAUGGGCCCUCUCAUCUUUAACGCAAGCAUCAUGACAGACCUAGUUCGUUACACCCGGCAGGGACUGCACUGGCUUCGCCAGGAUGCCAAGUUGAUAUCUUGA